AUAAGAAGAAACUGUAAGAAGAAUUUGAAGCAACAAAAAAAAAAAAAAAAACUAACUAAAGAAACAAAAUGGAAAAAGUUUUCUCCGACGAAGAAAUCUCCGGUAACCAUCAUUGGUCGGUUAAUGGAACGACGGCGAUGAAUCGUAGUGCCUCCGAAUGGGCAUUCCAACGUUUCAUACAAGAAUCUUCCGCCGCCACGGACGACGGAGAAUCUACGACGGCGUGUGGUGUUUCCGUCUCUUCUCCUCCGAAUGUUCCUGUUGAUUCAGAUGAAUACAGAGCAUUUCUGAAGAGUAAACUUAAUCUUGCUUGUGCUGCUGUCGCCAUGAAAAGGGGAUGUUUCAUCAAACCUCAGGAUACUUCUGGUAGAUCUGACAAUGGUGGAGCCACUGCAUCAGAACAAGGCUCUCUAGCUUCUUCUAAAGCUACACCAAUGAUGAGCAGUGCGAUAACAAGUGGAUCUGAGCUCUCUGGUGAUGAAGAAGAAGCUGAUGGUGAAACUAAUAUGAACCCUACUAAUGUUAAACGCGUGAAAAGGAUGCUCUCUAACAGAGAAUCAGCUAGACGGUCCAGAAGAAGAAAGCAAGCACACUUGAGUGAGCUAGAGACACAAGUUUCACAGCUGCGUGUAGAGAAUUCAAAGCUCAUGAAGGGUCUCACUGAUGUAACUCAGACAUUCAAUGAGGCAUCUGUAGAAAACAGAGUUUUGAAAGCCAAUAUCGAGACUUUACGAGCAAAGGUGAAAAUGGCUGAAGAGACUGUGAAGAGACUCACUGGCUUUAACCCAAUGUUCCACACUAUGCCUCAGAUUGUUUCAACUGUCUCUCUUCCUUCAGAGACUUCAAAUUCUCUAGACACCACAAGCAGCCAAGUUACCGCGCCAGAGAUCAUCAGCUCGGGGAACAAAAGCAAGGCCUUGAUUGGGUGCAAGAUGAACAGAACAGCUUCGAUGCGGAGAGUUGAGAGCUUGGAACAUCUGCAGAAACGUAUUCGAAGCGUUGGGGAUCAGUAGCUGCUAAAGAAGAAUCUUGAUUUGUAACAUUAUCAAGAGAGAUGUUAAGACAAAUGUUGUAUGUUUUUGUAAAGAACUGUUUUCAGAUUAUUUAACUUUUUUUUUGUCUUUGUCUUAACCCAUUUCUUCGUUUGAUUGUUUGUGUUGAACUUCUAAUUCUCAUUCAUCUCCUACGCUUGCAAGUUUUUACUUUGU